AUGUCAUUGCCAUUGUAUCGUCCGCUCGAGACUGUGUCUUUAGACAAUGCAAUCGAAGAUCUAGUGGUGAGGUUCAUACUAAAUGUGCCUCCAGAAGAUUUGGCCACUGUUGAAAGAGUCCUAUUCCAUUUCGAAGAAGCAUCAUGGUUCUAUACUGACUUUGUUAAAUUGAUGAACCCAUAUUUGCCCAAUUUGAGUAUCCGCAGUUUCUCAAAAACGGUUAAAGACAUCUGUCCUUUAAUCUGGAAUUGGGACAUAACUCCUGAAAAUGCGCUUGUGAAAUUCUCCAUGUACAAAAGAAGUAUUCCUGUUAGGGGAGCUGCUAUGUUUAAUGAGAAUUUGUCCAAGAUAUUGUUGUUGCGGGGGGCGAACUCGAAACAUUGGUCGUUUCCCAGAGGUAAAAUCGGGAAAGACGAGGACGAUGUCUCUUGCUGCAUAAGAGAAGUCAAAGAAGAAACAGGUUUCGAUCUAACCGGAUAUAUUGAUGCAGACCAAUACGUUGAAAGAAAUAUGAACGGCAAGAAUUUUAAAAUAUUCUUGGUCAAAGGAGUUCCAGAGGACUUCGAGUUCAAGCCAGAGCAUAAGAACGAAAUCCAAGCCAUUGAGUGGAAAGAUUUCAAAAAGUUAAGCAAAGCCAUUUUCAAGAAUGAGGGAAGCGCUAAGGUCUUCUUGGUGAAUUCCAUGAUUAGACCGCUAUCCUUAUAUGUGAAAAAUGAAAAGAGGGCUAAGGACGAAGAUAAGUUGAAGCAAUACGCAGAGGAGCACUUGAAAGCUAUUCUUGGUCUUAACAAAAAAGAGAACAAGAUUGUCCUUGAUGCUGGUCGUGAGUUAAUGGAAAUGCUUCAGAGUUCCGCCAAAAAUGCUCAACACACUUCAGUGGGUGAACAACAACCUGCAACUGAAUCCCGUACCGUCGACGUCAACCAGGCACGUAACUUAUUCCCUCUUAUCUCUGUCCAAUCUCUCUCAACUCUAGGUACCACUGAAGACUUUUCUCACUCAAGCUCUGAGUUAAAUGGCCACUUGAAAAGUUCUCCAAAUAAUGUAAACGUAUCAAAUAACACUUCUACACAAGCCCAACCCGGUGACCUUCAGGCUUCUAGUAAGGAAUUGUUGGCGUUUUUGCACAAAGCUUCUACUGUCGAAGAGAUUGAACACAAUGAUAAAGAAACAGACACUAUUUCAUCGUUCCCAACUGCCAAUAUUAAUUCAAAAGAUGAAAAUUACGAAGAAUUCGAAAGUUCUUCAGACGAAAGCGAAUACGAAGAUUCUCAAGAAGUUAUAGAUAAUGCAAACAUCGAAUUUGAUGCUAAAAGAAAUGACGAAAACUUACUUAACGUCAACAAAGUUCAAACUGAAACACCACAACAGGAAAUCGUAAAGCCAACCGCUACUACCAUUGCCUCAAGUGGAAAACCCAAAAUGACUAUAUUGAAACGCCUUGACUCUCAAUCAAAGCCAAAUGGCCAAGAGUCACAAUUUGUUACUGCUCAAAAACCAAAAAUCAGAUUGUUGAAGCGUGGUGAUAAGCUAGAAGAUUUAUCAUCAGGUGGCCUGUCGCCUAAAUCACAAUCAGUUGAUAGAAAUUCAAGUUCACCAGCUCCAGUAUCGUUAGACACUGCACCCAAAACUGAACCUGAGUAUCAAUCAGACAACUUCAACCAGGACUCGGCUGCUAGAAGUUUAUUGUCUAUUCUCAAAAAACCAUCUGCAAAAGAAAAGGAAGAUGUUACUUCUUCAUCACCAAGAUUUAAUAACAUUACAGAAAAUAAUGAAGAACAUAAGGUUGCCAGUUCAACUGCUUCUCCAGUUAUUCAAAGCGAAAAUGGUACUACAAAAAACAUCAUCCAUUCUCUAUCUGAAAGCCAACAGGGAUCGGUAUCUUCGCCAAAUAACGGAUCAUCGGAACUUCUUGAUUUACUAAAGAAGCCACAACUAACUGAAAACUUUGCACACAGUCCUGUUUCAGAGAGCUCUGAAACUAACACCAAACCUUCAUCUGAAUUGUUGAGUCUUUUGAAAAAACCAAAGUCAACAACUGCAACAGCGUCACCUACCGUAAAUGAGAGUGUACCUGCUCAAACGCCAUACCAAAUGAAUCAAAUGAAUCAAAUGAACCCAAUGAACCAAGGUUAUCAAACUCAACCCCAAAUAUCUCACCAAGCACCUCAAAUGCAACAAAUGAUGCCCCCUCAAAACUAUAUGCCACAGAAUAUGCCAUUUGUUCCUCAAAUGUUCCCAGGACAGCAACAGUACGUAUUCCAGCAACCUAUGAAUGGGUAUCCUAUACAAAAUCAACCACCAAUGAACCCUGGUCAGAAUAUGAACGGACAGACAUUUAAUCAAUCUCAAGAAUUAUUAAACAUGUUACAAAAGCCAAAUCAAAAUGUAAAUUCAAAUCCAGCUUCACCAUUACCAAUGCAACAGGAGCCACAGAGUGCAUCAUCUGAAUUAUUGAGCCUAUUGAGGAGAUAA